CCCCGGGGCACGCUCGGGGCGCCGCUCGGCCCCGCCCCGCCGGCCGCGCUGGUUCGGUCUGCAGAGGACCGCGCAGCGGGCUCGCCAGCACUGCCGCACCGCGCCCGGGGCUGUCGCCUCGAGCCCAGCCGUGCGCACCGGCGGCGAUCCUCGGAGCGAGAGCCACCGCCUCUGACCAUGUAGAUGCCAGCUUUGGGGAGCAGCAUGGGCCUCACUGAAUGGAGACUCCUGGGUCUGCAGCCUUGAGCCCUUCUGGCCCCUGGACCUUACCACAUACUCGGGGACAUCCCUGGGAGCUCACCACCACUGUUGCCAGUCCACCUCAGCCACCGCCUCCCCCUGGGACUGGCAGUGGGCCACCAGGAGCUGCAGCCAUCCAGUGAGGGUGUGCCAAGGACACCACACACGCCAUCGCCCAGCAGUGUGGGUGCUGCCCCUCAGGCCCACCCCAAGCAAAGGUUCCAGCAAACAUGGGUGAUAUGACCAACAGUGACUUUUACUCCAAAAACCAAAGAAAUGAGUCGAGCCAUGGGGGCGACUUUGGGUGCACAAUGGAGGAGCUCCGCUCCCUCAUGGAGCUGAGGGGCACAGAGGCAGUGGUCAAGAUCAAGGAGACAUAUGGGGACACUGAAGCCAUCUGCCAGCGUCUCAGGACCUCACCUGUGGAAGGUUUGCCGGGUACUGCUCCAGACCUGGAAAAAAGAAAGCAGAUUUUUGGGCAAAACUUUAUACCUCCAAAGAAGCCAAAAACCUUCCUGCAGCUUGUGUGGGAAGCACUGCAGGACGUGACUCUCAUCAUCCUGGAAAUCGCGGCCAUCAUCUCCCUAGGACUGUCCUUCUACCACCCGCCUGGUGAGAACAACGAAGGAUGUGCAACAGCCCAGGGAGGGGCUGAGGAUGAAGGAGAGGCAGAAGCAGGGUGGAUUGAGGGAGCCGCCAUCUUGCUCUCAGUCAUCUGUGUGGUGUUGGUCACAGCCUUCAAUGACUGGAGCAAAGAGAAACAAUUCCGAGGCCUACAGAGCCGCAUCGAGCAGGAGCAGAAGUUCACUGUGGUCCGGGCUGGCCAGGUGGUCCAGAUCCCUGUGGCUGAGAUUGUGGUGGGAGACAUCGCCCAGAUCAAAUAUGGCGACCUCCUCCCUGCUGACGGCCUCUUCAUCCAAGGCAAUGACCUCAAGAUUGAUGAAAGCUCCCUGACCGGGGAGUCAGACCAGGUGCGCAAAUCUGUGGACAAGGACCCCAUGCUGCUAUCAGGGACACACGUGAUGGAGGGCUCAGGACGGAUGGUGGUGACUGCCGUGGGUGUGAACUCUCAGACUGGCAUCAUCUUUACGCUGCUGGGAGCCGGUGGCGAAGAGGAAGAAAAGAAAGACAAAAAAGGUGUGAAGAAGGGGGAUGGCCUUCAGCUACCAGCGGCAGACGGUGCAGCAGCUUCAAAUGCUGCAGAUAGUGCAAAUGCCAGCCUAGUCAAUGGUAAAAUGCAGGAUGGCAAUGUGGACACCAGCCAGAGCAAAGCCAAGCAGCAGGAUGGGGCAGCCGCUAUGGAGAUGCAGCCGCUCAAGAGUGCUGAGGGUGGCGAUGCUGAUGACAAGAAGAAGGCCAACAUGCACAAGAAGGAGAAGUCUGUGCUGCAGGGCAAGCUCACCAAGCUGGCUGUGCAGAUUGGCAAGGCGGGCCUGGUGAUGUCAGCCAUCACAGUGAUCAUCCUGGUGCUCUACUUCACCGUGGACACCUUUGUGGUAAACAAGAAGCCGUGGCUGCCGGAGUGCACACCUGUGUACGUGCAGUACUUCGUCAAGUUCUUCAUCAUCGGUGUGACAGUGCUGGUGGUCGCAGUGCCCGAGGGUCUCCCACUGGCUGUCACCAUCUCACUGGCCUACUCGGUGAAGAAAAUGAUGAAGGACAACAACCUGGUCCGCCACCUGGAUGCCUGUGAGACCAUGGGCAAUGCCACGGCCAUCUGCUCGGACAAGACAGGGACCCUGACCACCAAUCGCAUGACAGUGGUGCAGGCCUAUGUGGGCGAUGUCCACUACAAGGAGGUCCCCGACCCCAGCUCCAUCAAUGCCAAGACCAUGGAGCUGCUGGUCAAUGCCAUCGCCAUCAACAGUGCCUAUACCACUAAGAUCCUGCCUCCAGAGAAGGAGGGCGCCCUGCCCCGGCAGGUGGGCAACAAGACGGAGUGUGGCCUGCUGGGCUUCGUGCUGGACCUGAAGCAGGACUAUGAGCCCGUGCGCAGCCAGAUGCCUGAGGAGAAGUUGUACAAAGUGUACACCUUCAAUUCUGUGCGCAAGUCCAUGAGCACCGUCAUCAAGAUGCCUGACGAGAGUUUCCGCAUGUACAGCAAGGGCGCCUCCGAGAUCGUGCUCAAGAAAUGCUGCAAAAUCCUCAGUGGGGCAGGGGAGCCCCGGGUCUUUCGGCCUCGAGACCGGGACGAGAUGGUGAAGAAGGUGAUAGAGCCCAUGGCCUGCGACGGGCUGCGCACCAUCUGCGUGGCCUACCGUGACUUCCCCAGCAGCCCCGAGCCUGACUGGGACAAUGAAAACGACAUUCUCAGUGACCUCACGUGCAUCUGUGUGGUGGGCAUCGAGGACCCUGUGCGGCCUGAGGUCCCCGAAGCCAUCCGCAAGUGCCAGCGGGCAGGCAUUACAGUUCGCAUGGUCACUGGUGACAAUAUCAACACAGCCCGGGCCAUUGCCAUCAAGUGUGGCAUCAUCCACCCAGGGGAGGACUUCCUGUGCCUGGAGGGCAAAGAAUUCAAUCGGAGGAUCCGCAAUGAGAAGGGAGAGAUUGAGCAGGAGCGAAUUGACAAGAUUUGGCCAAAGCUGCGAGUGCUGGCUCGGUCUUCCCCCACAGACAAGCACACACUGGUCAAAGGCAUCAUCGACAGCACACAUACCGAGCAGCGGCAGGUGGUAGCUGUGACUGGAGAUGGGACCAACGAUGGGCCUGCACUCAAGAAGGCUGAUGUGGGCUUCGCCAUGGGCAUUGCAGGCACUGAUGUGGCCAAAGAGGCCUCAGACAUCAUCCUCACAGACGACAACUUCAGCAGCAUUGUGAAAGCCGUGAUGUGGGGCCGCAACGUCUAUGACAGCAUCUCCAAGUUCCUGCAGUUCCAGUUGACCGUCAAUGUGGUGGCUGUGAUAGUGGCCUUCACAGGUGCCUGCAUCACACAGGACUCCCCUCUGAAGGCCGUACAGAUGCUCUGGGUGAACCUCAUCAUGGACACCUUCGCCUCCCUGGCACUGGCCACCGAGCCACCCACAGAAACCCUGCUGCUGCGGAAGCCCUACGGCCGCAACAAGCCCCUCAUCUCUCGGACCAUGAUGAAGAACAUCCUGGGCCACGCUGUCUACCAGCUCACCCUCAUCUUUACACUGCUCUUCGUUGGCGAGAAGAUGUUCCAGAUCGACAGCGGGAGGAAUGCGCCACUGCACUCACCACCCUCUGAGCACUACACCAUCAUCUUCAACACCUUCGUCAUGAUGCAGCUCUUCAACGAGAUCAACGCCCGCAAGAUCCACGGCGAGCGCAACGUCUUCGAUGGCAUCUUCCGGAACCCCAUCUUCUGCACCAUUGUGCUGGGCACUUUUGCCAUCCAGAUCGUGAUUGUGCAGUUUGGAGGGAAGCCCUUCAGCUGCUCCCCACUGCAGCUGGACCAGUGGAUGUGGUGCAUAUUCAUCGGGCUGGGAGAGCUGGUCUGGGGCCAGGUCAUUGCCACCAUCCCAACAAGCAGGCUCAAGUUCCUGAAAGAGGCGGGCCGGCUCACACAAAAGGAGGAGAUUCCUGAGGAGGAGCUCAACGAGGAUGUGGAGGAGAUAGACCACGCUGAGAGGGAGCUGCGCCGGGGCCAGAUCCUGUGGUUCCGGGGCCUGAACCGCAUCCAGACACAGAUUGAAGUAGUCAAUACUUUCAAGAGUGGGGCCUCCUUUCAGGGCGCCCUGCGGAGACAGUCCUCGGUCACCAGCCAGAGCCAGGAUAUCCGCGUCGUGAAGGCCUUCCGUAGCUCUCUCUAUGAAGGGUUAGAAAAGCCUGAGUCUCGAACCUCCAUCCAUAACUUCAUGGCUCAUCCUGAAUUCCGGAUCGAAGAUUCACAGCCCCACAUCCCCCUCAUCGAUGACACAGACCUGGAAGAAGAUGCCGCACUCAAGCAGAACUCGAGCCCGCCAUCAUCACUCAACAAGAACAACAGCGCCAUCGACAGUGGGAUCAACCUGACAACGGACACGAGCAAAUCAGCUACCUCUUCAAGUCCAGGGAGUCCCAUCCACAGCCUGGAGACGUCGCUUUAGCUGAGGACCUGUUGCCUGCCUGCCUGCCGGCCACCCCCAAGAACCCCCUCCCACCUGGCUCCUUGGGCAUCCUCCAGCCCUGGCUCCCUCAUGCAGCAGGAACAAGGGGAAACCGCACACUGGAGAGAAACCGACAUUUCCACCCACAGACGCUUUCGUUGGCUGCGAUGCUGUUUGAACUCUUUCCCUCGGAGGCAAGGCGCGGACCUCCCCUGGGAGCACUGGGAAUGAGAGGUUUCCCAGAAAUAAGCCCUUCCUGGCUCCCACCCAGACACGGACCGGCCAUGCACCGCCCAGCCACUGCAUCCCCGCAUGAAUGUACUGGAUACUUUCGAUCUUCCCCUUGUUGGGUGUUUUGGGGGGCUGGGGAGGGGUUUUUGUUUGUUUGUUUUCUUAGGUGGGAACUUCAAACAGACUCUUUUUUGAGACAAUUUAUCCAAUCCACUGGUCUGUGAGUUUUUGAAAUGCUUGCACAGCAUGGUCUCAGUUGUAUAGAUUAAUUUAAUAACUUUUUGAAAUUGCAGAGCUUAAUUCGCCUAAUAGAUUUGCACCAAUGGAACUGAAGAACUCAUAGACACUCACAAGAUUGUAUCCAUUUCUUUGUAUCUAUAUCAACGUAUACUUCUCCAGGACUGUAUACGUCCAUAUAGAUAGGUAGAUAUAUAUAUAUAUAUAUAUAUAUAAAUAUAUAUACAUGGAUAUAUAAAGUUUCUUUGCCAGCAUGUUGCCUUGUUUCUGCUUACAUUACUCUAUUUUAACUUAUUUAUGUCCUAAAGAGAAGAAUGUAAUUUGUUUACAAGCCUGUAGAUACUGUCUUUGGCUAUUUGUAUGUUUUAAGAACACUGGUGGCUGAGAUGCUAUAAAAACAGCUUGGCCCCGCUGACCUUCCUGGACCGCAUCCUCGAUGUUUUACAAUAGCCAUGCUCUUACUUUGCCUGCUGUUUCUGUUUCAAUCGCAUUACUACUGUGAAAGGCUCAGACAGAAGCCAGUGCUACUGAGGAUCCAUCUCAGGGUUCACCGACUCACUCUGGAGAUGAAAGGGGACUAGGAGAGAAGUCCCUGCAUGUGCAACUUGAGUGCCCACCCCACCCAAGGGUGUCAGACUCUACAAGGCACUGGGAAAAGGCUUUUCUCUCAAUGAAAUUCACUGAAGUUUACCAGGAACAUUUCCAAAAUAGGUUAUCUCUGGUACUGUCUGUAGAGAGGGUGAAGUAGUGAUAAAAUAUUCUAAAUGGUAUUGAGUUGAUUUUUUUAGUAAUUUAGAGGUUUAUUUCUUUAUAAAGGGCAGCAUAAGAGCUGUUGGAAUAUUGAAUAAGGCUCAGUAUGGCUUGCUACUUUUAUUUUUAUUUUGAAGAAGAAUAACCUUUUUCUCUGCACUAUUUAGAUCCAAAUGAACCUUAUGACAUGUAUACUGAGAUGGAUUCAGUGUGAUUUUUAAACCAAACUGUCUUCCUGUAGUCACAAUAUAUGUUGUAGCCUUUUAACAGCAAGUCUUGCUUCCCCAGACAGAAAGCCAUUCUGAACCCUCCCGUGUCACAGGUGAGAAAGGCGAUUACUUCCCCCAAAACAAUAACAGCACUAGUAAUCCCACUUAAUAAGAGCUCAUUGAAUUGUGUCUUGGCCUCUAAAGUGCUAAGCACUUUGUGGGUCUCAGCUUUUUUCAUAAAAGAACUUUUGUAUUUAACACAAAGUUUGCUCUGAGACUUUUCGGCAUAUGAUCUUUUUCCAUAAACUUGUACAGUGCAAAAGACAUUUUGAAUACCAUGAUCAAUGAUGGCCCAUGCUUCAAGGAAAACCAAAACCAUUCCUCAUGCUGACCCUCCCAUGACUGCUCAGUGUCAGCCCUGCUUCUGCCCUCCUCCAGGCCCAGAGAACUCUUCCAUUAACAAGAUGAGAGCCACUUGGGAACAGAGCCAUAGUCAGCUGGGAGGGCCUACAUCUAAUAGCUGUGGAAAACCCAAGAGGUUUGGGGUUCGAAGUCAGCCCAUCCCACCUGGCAACACCUCUCUGUAAGGAGGACCUUCUGUAUGAGAAAGCACCACCUGAAUGUCGAGAAGAACUCUGUCUCUGAAUGUAUCCAUCGGAGGAUACCUCAUCCCCAACCACAGGGGAUGACUCUCAGAUGCACGUGCUGGCUUCUGCUACAAACACCGUGAAAGCCUGCCUGCCACAUACCUCCGUGGAAGGAAGGAUGUGCUGCCAGGAAACCUUGCAGCACGGUGGGUUUUCCUUUCUCACUUUUCCAUCUUCCCUCUCUCUGUUUGGCCAUGCACCUCUGACCUCUCUCCACGAUGUCAGGACCAUUGGGCUUGCACACCAGGCUCGCUGUGCCGUGGGGCCAGAACCCAAGGCAGAUGGGAGGUGUCUCCGAGUGGACCUCACCUGGGAGGUAAGGAGCCAUAAAAGCUACCAAGAAGGUCCGACAUCAGUCUUGUCUCAUCUCGUCUCAUCAGGAAUGAUGAUUACACCUGUGCCCUCUCACUCAUACAUGUUCACACACAUUCACACAUGCACGCACACAGGAUACAGAUGGUCUGUCAAAACUCACUAUAGUAUGGUUUGUCAAAACUCACUGUAGUACACACAGCUUGCACUCUGCGUCCUAUAUCUAGCAGCAUGGGGUACGUUUGGCAACUCACCCCACUAGGGGGUCAAUAAUUUAUGACCAUUCAUCUGUUUUUAUGAAUUUUUUUAUCUAGACAAUAAUUGUAAAUAAAGAACUCACCGUCUCUGUUCAUUUAAUACUA